AGUCGCUGUCACAACAUGCUCUACAGAGAGGAAAAGCAAAGACUAAGGGAUGAAGAAGAGUCCCUCAAGGAAAAAUCAGCAGAAUAUGCAGAUGCUGUUGGAAGAAAUAGGCAAUGGAGUGUGGAUUGAUCCUAUCAGGGUGCGUGCAGCACAAAAAGAUGCCAAAGCAAAAACAGCCUUUGCAAGGAUGGUACUCAUGUUUUUAUACAAGACAGAGGAGCUAGAGGGCAAAAGGCUUCAUAAACUGGACCAAGAUAUUGUGCAUGCUAUUACAGAACUUGCUGUGGUCACAAAGCUGCUGCAAGUAAAACUGAAGGAGUCAGGGUCCACAGGUGAUCAGCCCAAAAAAAAGGCACCUAAAGACAAGGCUUUAAUAUUGCAGUCCUUGAGGAGCAAGCUGAAUAAUUUGAUUCAGGAAGAUGAGCAAAGGCAAAGGAGAAAAGGCUGAAGAGAAGGGCUGCCAUGCGGACUGAUCUUGUGGUGCAAAAUCUAGCAGCUGAGUGACACCACUUAUAAAUAACAUUCCAAAUAAUCAAUGACACAUGUAUUUGCAAUGUCAAAAUCACUCUUUGCCCUCUAAUUACAAUCAUUGCAGACUUGAUGUAUUUGAAAAACUUGAACAACUAGCUUUUUUUUUUUUUUAGUUUUAAACGAACAACUAGCUAUUGUGCAGUUUAAAUUUGUGAUACUUCUGGGAUGUGGCUGUGUAUGAUGCAAAUAUCUCACAUUUAAAGUGACUAUUAGGUUAUUAAGCUGCAAGCCUCAUGAAGGACAAAGUAAUGGCAGGCAUAACCCCUUAAAACUACCGAGCAUUGGCAGCCAUGCAUGGACAGCUGUUUUAACCUUAUUAGGUGUUAUCAGCAUGGCAUAAGGCUUAAGUUCCAUAUCAACCAGCUAUCUCCAUAUUACAGUUUGUUUUAUCUCACUGCUACUUUUCAUCUGUCUCAUUCCUAGUUUUACACUAUCUUCCUACUAACUGAUAAUCCUACCUGAUUCUUGGCCAGUUUUUAACUAUCUGAUCUCUAGCUUCAUGCUUUUUUGAUUCUAGUGAAUUGCUACCUAUCAGAGAAUAGUUUUUUUAUUAUUUUGGUCUAUGUUGUCUUAUUUCUAGUUUAUCUCUGUCUUAUAUCUAACUACUGUUGUUGCAACUACCUAAUCUCUAUUUUAUAUCUAGCUGAAAACUCACUUAUUAGAGCAUCAAACACUAGUUUAACCUUAUCUAAUACCUAUCUAAAUACUUACUGUGAUAGUUAUUUCACAAACUUAUUUUUCAGAUAGAAUUUAGACAGAACUAUCUGCAUGGUUCCAAAUGACCAGUUAUUGGAUAGUGAUAAGAUAGCUUUGAGAUAGGAAUUAAGACUCAGUGAUUACACAAGAGACCUAGUUAGGAAAUAGCUAGUCAACAGGUUGUUUUUAGAUAGUUCAGUCAAUUAGGUUAUAAAAUAUAGUGUCCAAUUUUUUUUGUUGUCAUGAGUAAUUGUUGUAAAUAUAAGCUUUUAGAAAUCUUCAUACUGCCUUGUCAUGCUGACUUGCAUACCAUAGAACAUUGCAGAACAUUUCAUGAAGUUAUGCAUUUAUAAUGUAAAACUACUAAAGAAAAUAGUUCUCAUGUAAGCUUCUGGAAUGUUCCAGAACACUUUUUGAAUAUACAUAAAGAUUCACUUAUGUAGUAGUUGUAGUUGUUGUUGUUGGAGUGACAAUUGUUUUGAAAGCUAUACCGAGAGAGAGUUACUGUCAGUGGAAGAUUGCUUAUUUGGAGACAGCAAUGAGAUUAUGUCAGUGGUGAGCUACAAUAUAGACUGUGGUGGGCUUAAUUAAGUAAAUUAACAAUAAGUACUAUACUGCUUUUAAAAGUUGCUCCUUGUCAAGAACAUUACUCACUGUUUAAUAAAGUAGUUGAGUUUGUGGGAUUGUAGUGUUUCUCUUUCGGUUAGAUUA